CACGACAAGCAUAAUACUACAAAACCAGAGGGAGAUCAGAUCGCAACUGUCUGUUAAAAUCAUUACGCAACAAAUUUUAUUUUAAUUCUUAGAUUUAAACGACUUCGUUUUUAGAUCCACAAUCUACCAUGUCUUCCUCUUUCAGCGGCGAUGAAACGGCACCCUUCUUCGGCUUCCUCGGCGCUGCUGCCGCCCUCGUCUUCUCCUGUAUGGGAGCUGCAUAUGGAACAGCCAAGAGUGGAGUUGGUGUGGCGUCAAUGGGUGUGAUGAGGCCUGAACUGGUGAUGAAGUCGAUUGUGCCAGUUGUUAUGGCUGGUGUUUUGGGUAUUUAUGGGUUGAUUAUUGCUGUCAUUAUCAGUACUGGGAUUAAUCCUAAGGCCAAAUCAUAUUACCUUUUUGAUGGUUAUGCUCAUCUAUCAUCUGGUCUUGCUUGUGGUCUUGCUGGACUUUCUGCAGGAAUGGCUAUUGGAAUUGUCGGUGAUGCAGGUGUCAGAGCUAAUGCACAGCAGCCAAAACUUUUUGUUGGAAUGAUCCUUAUCCUCAUCUUCGCUGAAGCACUUGCACUUUAUGGUCUUAUUGUUGGCAUCAUCUUGUCUUCUCGAGCUGGCCAGUCCAGAGCAGACUAAGGAGGGAGUUGCACUGCCUAGUAUUCUUUAAUCUCUUGUUGUUUUCACUCCUGGAGAAAGAUUUUUUAAUUGUUCUCAGGUCAGAAAUGAUUCAACAGCACUUGCAGGGAUCGCAAAAUCUGUUGUGGAAGAUACGGCACUGCCGGUCAGUUGGAUACUGCUGUGUUUUUCUAGAAGUAGGAUUGAGUUUGUCUGCAUAAUAAAGGUGGGGAAGGUUUCCUCGUUUGGUGUUUUUAUUUGUCUAUGUAUUUUGCAGAAAGUUAAAAACACUUUAGUAAAUUAGUGCAUGUAUUAUCUUUUUAUCUUUUUAACCUUUGCAGCAUUCCAUUUUAAUGUAAUCUAUGUUGAGUUCAACCUUCUAUUGAUAGCUACAACUCUAUUCCUUGAUUUA